AUGACGCAGCUAUUCAACUCGUCCGCCCCUGCGAAUCCGAACUCAGAGAAACGGAAUUUCCCCGGCAUAUCGUUGACCGGAAAGAAGCAGGAAAAGAACGAGAAACAUGAGAAACCCGCGAACGAUUCCUCGCAUUUCCCGACAAAACUGCGGAAUUUCUUUCGAAUAAACAGCUCGUCGUCGACCACCAACUCGAACAGCCAGGGGGGUUCAGGGCAGAACUCCCAGCAGAACAAGAACUCCAACCUUGCUGUACCCAAGCAAGAGUCCAAGUUUCAGUCCAGAUUUCUCCCUCACAUCGGCCGGAACCGGUCAACCACCGUUGCCAGUGAGGGAAACCCGCUGGACGACGAUGGAGUCUCGCCAACUGCACAUGCAAACCCAUACUUUGCGCAUCAGGGAUAUCCGGCGUUGAGACAUAGAAAUGAUGACAGUGUUCCCUCAACCCCUCCAGAUACUCCCGGAAUACAUAUAGACGGAGCUCCUGGUGUAGAGCAGCCAACUGCAGCCAACAAAGAGGAGCUUGCAAGGAAACUCAGGAGAGUUGCCUCUGCACCCAAUGCGCAGGGCUUGUUUGCAACCGGGAAGUCAGAUGAACGCCCUCGGACGGCCGAGCUGGGUAAGGAGCCCUUGGUCGAACAGGCGGGAGAUACUGCGAAACUAGGCUUCGUUGAGCAGCCACCAUCGCAAAAUCUAACCGUCCCUGACGCAGACACCCUCGGCCCUAUUCCAGCACCUGGUCAAAUACGGAGUAAUGCUGGGUACAGACGAACCUAUAGUUCAAAUUCAAUAAAAGUGCGCAAUGUAGAAGUUGGCCCAGGAAGCUUUGAUAAGAUCAAGUUGAUCGGCAAGGGAGACGUUGGUAAGGUAUAUUUGGUGAGGGAGAAGAAGUCUCAAAGAUUGUACGCCAUGAAGGUGUUGAGUAAAAAGGAGAUGAUCAAGAGGAACAAGAUAAAACGUGCGCUUGCAGAGCAGGAGAUACUUGCUACAAGUAAUCACCCGUUUAUAGUCACUCUUUAUCAUUCUUUCCAGUCGGAGGAACAUCUCUACCUCUGUAUGGAAUAUUGCAGCGGUGGUGAAUUCUUCAGAGCCCUUCAAACACGGCCUGGAAAAUGCAUCUCCGAAGAUGAUGCUCGGUUUUAUGCUGCUGAAGUGACUGCUGCUCUUGAGUAUCUUCAUCUCAUGGGCUUUAUCUACCGUGACCUCAAGCCAGAGAGUACGAAGGCCGUCUCUUCCCCUUUUAUUGAAGAAUUCCUCACUAACAUGUAUCCAGAUAUCCUUCUCCAUCAGUCUGGGCAUAUCAUGUUGUCAGAUUUUGAUCUCUCAAAACAAUCCGGCCCAGGGGGUGCGCCGACUAUGAUUAUUGGCCGCAACGGAACUUCCGCCAGCUCGCUACCAACAAUCGAUACCAAGUCAUGUAUUGCCGACUUCAGGACAAAUUCCUUUGUUGGGACUGAAGAAUACAUUGCUCCCGAAGUCAUCAAAGGAAACGGUCAUACCAGCGCCGUAGACUGGUGGACACUAGGCAUCCUUAUCUAUGAGAUGCUGUACGGUACAACCCCGUUCAAGGGCAAGAACCGAAAUGCAACAUUUGCAAACAUCUUAAGAGACGAAGUUCCGUUCCCCGAGCAUGCUAACGCACAGCAGCUUUCCAAUCUCUGUAAAGGACUUAUACGCAAGCUUCUUAUCAAGGACGAGUGCCGUCGGCUCGGCGCCCGCGCUGGUGCUUCCGAUGUCAAAACCCAUCCUUUCUUCAGACCCACUCAAUGGGCCUUGAUUAGACAUAUGAAGCCUCCUAUGAUACCACAUCAAGGCAGAGCAAUCGACACAGUCAACUUCAGAAACGUCAAAGAAAGCGCCAGUGUUGAUAUCGGCGGCUCCAGCAACUUGACCGGCGUACCAAUGGACUCUGGACUAGCCACGCCGUCGGGAGAAGUCGCCGACCCCUUCGAAGAUUUCAACAGUGUUACUCUCCACCAUGACGGUGACUAUCAUGAAAACCAUCUGGUUGAUGAUAGCAAUGUCCAUAAGAGCUGA